AAUUUUAAUGAUAAAGAGUGCUAAGCAAAUAUAUUUUUCAAAAUUAAUAUGUAUAUUAUAUAGAUUUUUUCCCUGAAUGUAGCUCUUAAAUUGGUUGCAAUCUAGCCAUAUUCUCUCGAUCGCCGAGAAAAGAAGAAUGGCUUUCGACUAAGAUAUUCGGUCUUCUGCAACACCUUGCAAGUAGCAGAUACAAUUAACACUUCAUCAUGACUACGGUCGAAUAUGACUUAGAUACAUCAGGCGGGCUGAUGGAGCAAAUCCAGAAACUGGUGUCUCCACCAGUCAGUGAAGAAGCCCUUCGAAAGCAGAAACGUCGAGAACGUGAAUACAGACGGCCUGGGCGAGCUGUGAAUCAUGACUGCUGUGACAGCUGCAAGGAAGGUGGAGACUUGCUGUGUUGUGAUCGUUGUCCUGCAGCCUUCCAUCUUCAGUGCCAUGAUCCGCCUCUAGAGGAAGAUGACAUUCCGCCAGGAGAAUGGAUAUGUCAUCGAUGUCGGGUAGUCCCUAUUGUAGAUUCAAAGGACGAUGAUGCAGCCUCUACAAAGAGCAGCAGCAGCAGUACAAACAGCCGCUCAGGCCCAGGACGACCCCCAAAGGUGCAACUUAUGCCCGUUGUCCCUAGCCUACCCUCAUUUGAGGAUAUUGACUUUGACAAAGAUGACCUCCAGAACCCCCUUAGGACCUUGGCCAAGGCAGCUAAACUAAUGAAUCCUGUACAGUUUGAACUUCCCAAGGAUAUGGCGUGUACUACAUCAUUACCAGGUUCAAGUAAACGUAAGUGGUGGGGUCGGGACAGAAGCUCGCAGAAAAAGCUCGCUCAUGAGUUGGACAAUGGUAUGGUACCCCUCCCUGCCAAGGUCUGCUUCUACUGCAGCAGGAGCUGUAGGGUGGGGCCACUAUUACAGUGUGACUUCUGCCCACUGGUGUAUCACAUGGACUGUCUCAAUCCGCCUCUUACUUCCCUCCCCACUGGGCGCUGGAUGUGUGCAAACCACCCAGAACACAUCUCAGACCAAAAGUUAUUACAAUCUGUCAGUUUAUCAGAGCGUGUGAAAUUGUGGGACAAAUUUAAUGGCCACAUCAAUCAGCAUAGUAUCAAAGUCAACUUCCUCAAUAAGAUCCACAGACAAAGUCCGCCAUUCAGGAUAAAAGUGCGACACCCUCGUCGUAAAUCCAUCUCGAUACCAGACGCCAUCAAGCAUCAUUACCGUAAUCCACCCCCGUUACUGCCAAGACUGACUGACAACACAUCCCAGGAUGUUCCCCUCACCAUGGAGGGUAAACCAACUGCCACACUAGAGGAACAGGAAGAAUGGCUAACAGCAGUGGUGUCCUUACAAACAAGCAUAGCCAAGCACCUAGCACAGCAGCAGAUCCAAAGAUCCAGUGAUAGUAGUUCUCGCCUCAGUGAAACAUCAAAACCAGAAAAACCCACAGCAUCUGUACAACCAGUGGUCCAAAGGGACACCAUGGAACAAGAAAGUUCUUCAUCAGUGGGACAAUCUUGUGAUAUUGACAAGUUACCUGUGCUUGACGGAGACCGGACUUUAUUAAAUGGCCCCAUCUCUCAAGAUGGUGUGUCUAAUGGACCUCUAGAUGUGAGUCGAGGGGGGGCAAUCUCAUUGUUAAAUCCCCCUGGCUUCUCAAGUGGGCAAAGUGUAGGAUCUGGUUCAAAUUCUUCUUCAUCUGUGAACGGUGAUGUGGAAAUGACAGACGUUUCUAAUGUGAAAGGGUCAGGCUCCACAUCAUCUGAUUCUCCAGCUGUGAUCAAAUCUCGUAGUAACAGUACAGACAGUCCAAGUAUUGUUCGUGUCAACUGGUCGUCUGGGGACAAACAGGGCGUGGCAAUAUCUUCGGCAACAGGUGUGACCACCCCCUCAGGAAAGAACAUCGUCAUCAGUGCUAUAAACAAAUCCAAUAACACCGUUGUUACAAAAGUGUUGGGACCCAAUAGUCAGGGGGGAAAACUAGCAGCAAACAAUAUGGCAGCAAAAAACAUGAGUGGCAGUAACCCAACAUCUAUUCUGUCACCACAGGUCACAGGUAAACAGAUGGCCAAAGUGACUGGUAUGACUAUAGGCAAGACCACAACCACAGGGUCAGGCAGCACGGCAAAGGUCAUCACUGUGUCAGCUCCAUCAGGUAAAGGGUCCACAGCCAAUUCUCACGGAUCAUCUAAUGCCAUUGUGUCCCUCAACAAUUCCCUACAGCAGUGUGUCGAGGGAGCAGGAGAUAAUGAACUGAGUAAGCUAGACGAGCGCCUCAUACAGAUCCUAGCCUGGCAGAGACUUCAACAGCUGAUGCCACACAAACAGCAGUCUUCCUCCUCUAAAAAGGGUGUCUUAAACGGCCUCCUUACACAACAAGGUGCUGGUGAGAUCAAGGCACGUGCUGUGUUAUGUCCACUGACGGGGAAGGGCCAGCCUAUCCCUAUGUCCUACAGGACUCUCAACAUAGGCACAGGUGCUGAUAUGGAUGUGUGCUUAUCGCAAUUUGGUCACUGUAAUUUCAUCUCACCAAAACAUGCCUAUAUAUUCUACGAUGAAACCACGAAGCAUUACGAGUUGCUGAACUACAGUGAACAUGGCAGCACUGUUGACAAUGUCUUAUAUUCCUGCGACUUCUCGGACAAGGUAGCCACCACACCCCAGCCCACCGCUGUGGUGGCGGCUGUCCGAAACAUCAUCAGCAAGAGGAAGGAAACAACAGAGGAACACAUGGAGGAUAGACCCACCAUGUGUUCUAAAAUCACAGACAAUGGCAGAAAACCCUGCAACUGUAAAGUGAGUAGUUCUAGUCUGAUUGGUGGAAGUGGUGCGGGCUGGGAGGGCACAGCCCUACUCCAUCACGGCAGUUAUAUCAAGGUCGGCUGCUUACAGUUUGUGUUCAGCAUCGUCGACCAUGCCACCAAUGUCCCUGGACAGGAUCGACGCAAGGAGCCCAUGUCCCUCCUAAAAUCAACGCUCAAAGCAUCUGCUCCAUAGGUCGCACUUCAUUUCGCACAGCCUCAGGGAACGGAGGGCAAUGAGGGCACACUACCCCACAUCUCCAUUGACUGCCCUUGCGUAAUAGAUGAUCAUUUACCACAAUUAGGAGAGUUUGCAAUGUUUAGAAAAAUCAUCUUCAUUUCUCUGCAGAUGCUAUUCUCAUCACUAAUCAAAUUGUGAUACCCCUCCUUGUUAUAUCGGAAUCUUUGACCCUGGAUGAUCAUGGUGUUAUUUCACAUGUCAGACUACUCUUAAUUUUAUAACAAAGUUGUGCUUAACCUGGUAUGUGUGCAAUACAACCAAGAUUCAAGUUGUUGAAUAGGGUGGUUUUGCAAGAAUUUCUUGUAUUCCAUUCUGUAAACUGCAAUUUUGACAAAAUAUUUUAUAUAGUUGAGUUGAUGACCUUGGAUUGUGUUUUAUUAGAUUUCCUUGUUAUAACUGAAACAGAUUUAUUUAAUCCCUUAAUUCUGAAGUCAUUGUUUCUGCUGUGCGAGCGUAGAUGUGAAACAACCAUCUCGUUCUGUUGUUAUAUCGGUUGAUAAUAUCAUUUUUAUGUAUUAUGAGUGUAUUUGCUACAAACGUCAUAUGUCAUAUUAUGUGAUAGCACUGUAAAUAUCAUUUUUAUAUUUAUCAUGUGUCACAAAUCAACUCAUUCAAAAUGAUCCAUAUAUAUAUGAAUGUAGCAUAUUUAAGUAGAUACUUGUUAGUUUCAUGCCAGUGACUUGUUAAUGUUUUGGGCAGAGUAGUAGUGUCAAAGAAGAAUGUUCUUUAUUUGUAUCUGUAUCUUGUGUUCUAUACCCCAAAUUAAAUUUCUAAUUCCCAAGUUUUUCUUUUGUAUACAAAAGAUUUUCAUUUGAAAACUGAAAACAAUUUAAAAAUCAGAAGUUUCAUAGCUGGGAUUAAUUUUUAAAAAUAUGUGCAAGUAGAAAAAGUUUGGAUGUAUAUGUUAUCAGUUUCAAAAUCAUGACUUAUUCAAGUACAUGAUUGUGCAUAACUUGGAUAUGUGUGAUAGUUACAUGCUCCUUUGUUUUAAUAGUUCGGUCUAAAUUCUUUCCACUCCACUUUUGUAUUUAUUAUGAUCAAUGUUGUUAUCUUACUUCCCUUGCUGUGUGAUAGGACUCGGACUGUAUGGGAAGGAAAGACCAGUGAAUGGGACUCUAGUUAUAAAAUAUAAGUUGUUCCAGUGAUGUGUGUGAUAACUGAUAUAAAGAUGAAAUGACAUCUUGUCUACAUGAAACACAUUUACACUUCUGAAUAAUGUACAUGGUUAAGUUAUUAAAUUCUGUAAUUGUUUUGUUAAAAUUGAUCUACAAACUUGUAGUAUUUUCUGUAAAGUUGGAUCAGAUUUUUAGAUAUCCAUUGUACAUUCUAUAAAAUUGCAUCAAAACAUGUUAAGUAUUCACAAAAAUGUUGCUAAAGUGAAUAGCUAUUAGAGUUGUUCCAAAUAAAUGACUGUCCAACAAUACUUGUUGGUCAAGGAUAGAGGCAAGUUAGGGGUUGAACGGGUUAAAAUCUUGAAACGACUUAAUAUAUUAACAGACCAUGAGCCCUAGAGUGUUGAAAAGUGAUGUUGGUUUUGUAGUUUGCUGGCGUGAAGAGCAUCAAGUUCGUUCAUUUAAAUGAUAUUCACUCACAAUUUGCCGACUGUUUAGUUUUGUUGUGAGUGAACAUCCCAAUGGGUAUUUUGUUUUCAAGUUGCUGGUCAUGAAUUUUAAAUCCCCUGUUGUGUUCUACUUUGUUAUUAUGUAAACUGCAUUACAGUAUGUAACCAGACCUUGUUCCUCAGGAAGUGUGAAUAUGGCUUCACUAGGUAUUAACUAUAGACCUUCUCCUGUUUUCUGCUUCAUUAGUGUAACUGUGAUACCACACGAGAGAUAAUGAUAACAUGAAUAUGUUACAUAACUCAUUCACCCCUGAAGACACAUUUGAACUUUUCCAAUUCAAAGGUUGGAAUAGUUUAUUAUGAAAUUUCAGGGGUGAAUGAGUUAAAGCAAAGGUUUUGUUAAGAUCUUGAUCAAGGAUAAAUCAUUGUACUACUUUAAACAUUUUCUUUUUGGGUGUAUCAUCUGGAUACUGAAUGUUGAUUUUGUAGCAAGCUAAUAUUAUAAUAUAGCCUUGUCCAUCCUUUCAUGUGUUCUGGUCUCUUAUAGUAAAAGUAGCAUGACCUGGUAUGUAUACUGUCAGCUAAAUGCUUUCAAUGGUCAGCUGGUUGAUUUCCCCCAACGGUUACUAGACAGAAGGUAAAACUGACUGGCAUGAUAUUGCCAGCGUUUGAGUUGGCUGAGAUUAAGAUGUUAGCCAUCGAGGCUCCAUUAGGUUGAACAAAGCAAAGAUUUUACCUGGAUUGGACACAAUUUUUGCAACGGAAUAGGGUAACAUGAUGGUUUUAUACUGCCAAGCAGACCAAAGGAAAGUUGAUUUUUCCCUGACUAUAGUGUGGCAAACAGAGUGUUACCUGUUAAUAGCCAAGGUUAAAAGUCAGACAUCAUCUUAAUUAUUAAUUCAGAAAGUAAGACAUAUCUAUGGCCCAAUAAAGAUAAUUUGUGGCAACUCUAAUGUUAUAGCAGUACUAUCAUGAUAGGGUGGAACACCUUAACGAUAGUAUGUACACUUUCAGAAAUGUUGUUAUUUUCGUUGUGUCUUUGUUACUGUGAUGAUGUUAGUUCAUUGUGCCAAACUUCCUGUAGGUGUUAAUAUUUCUAACGGAUAGUUAAGUAGUUCCUCAUCAAAGAACAUGUUUUGUAAGUGCUUUUCUACUAAGGGACCUUGGCUGACCAUUGAAAAACUCAUCACACAAGUUUAUCUUCCAUUGUACUGGAGAUUUAAGGAUCCUUGUACCACUGCUAAAAAAUGUAAAACUACGCGUUGGAAACUGUAGCUUUGAUAAUCACUUUUGAAAAGAAAACUAUACCUUGCGGGGCUUUUAUGGAAAAAAAGAGAUGGAUUAAACAAAGCACAAUCAACAACAGUGUUUUGAGAGUAAAAGUUCAGCUAUGCUAGACCAGAAUUCGAAAUCUGGACUUCAGGUUAUUAGCUCUAACCGGCAGAACUACCAGAGCCUGUAUUCAUGUGUUCUUGUGUUCUUGUGUUCAAGCAAGGAUUUUGUGCUCGAACCAACUUUUUUUUAACUCUUAGAUCGUGUCAAACGAUCAAAAAGUCAAAUGUAAAUAUUGAAAACAGUACUUGGCUCCAAGUCUCUUUAAAAUGUUUCCAAAUCAUUGACAACAUAAGAUUUAUUUAAGUUAUAACAAGAACGAGCAUAAAAUCCAUGCUUGAGCAUGAGAAUGGUUUCAUGAUUAAAGGCCCUGGUCAACAGAAGUUUGGUGGCACAAUGCUACCCUACAGUUAUCCAAAACGAAAUUAAGGGGAGGUUACUGUAUAUAUAGGAAAAACAGUGCAGUGUGACUAGGAUCCUUAAGACAAGACUGACAAUGAUUUAAAGGUUUAUCAAUUUUAAUCCAUAAUAUAUCUUAUGAUAAAAGAUCAAGUUAAGCAAGCUAGUAAUACAUGUAUUUAGAUCAUAGUCCUGUUAUAUUAUCUCUCUAUAUAUUAUUUUUCUACCAAAUAUUUGAACUAAAAAAGCACAAUGUGUCAUUAUAAUGUUGAACAAUUAUACCGAUAUUUCAAAGGAGUGUAAAUGACAAACCGUGGUAUAGCACGAGCUGUACUAUCUUUGUAUAUAGCCUGUGGCAGAGUAUCGAACAAAUUUGGAUCAAUUAAUUUCAUAUUAAUAUUGAUUACAUAUUAUUUGCAAGGUUCUUUUUAUCAUAAGGGCUGGGGGAGCAUCUUUGUCCAGUCGUGUCAUGUCACGUCCAGAGAUAUAUACAUAGGUCAAGUAUGGGCAUUCCUUCCAAGGCCAAGGUCAAGCUUACUGUUUAUAAAAUUUUGUUAUCAAAUUUGAUUACAUUACAAGCAACUUCAUCCUGAACUGAUUUUAAUCAAGUACGAUAUAAACCUCAAUUAUCAGAAUACCUUGAAUGAGUUUACAUUUCAUGGUUCCCAGGUCAAGGGGAAUGUAACAGUAAAUCCUUUUUAGAAAUUUGUCAAACAGAUUGUGGUCUGCGACAUGUCUUGGCCUCUUCUCGAGCUGUUCUAUUACAACAUUGCCAUUAUAUGUUCCCAUUGAAGGGUCAUCCAGUUUUGUUAAGUAGAAAGUAGCCAAGGAAACAUGUGGUAAAUUUUAAGAAAUGUUCAAUAGUUUUUACGUUUUUGGAUAGAAUUUUGAUUCAAUAUCUUCACCAGUUGCAUGAGAGUGGGUGUCGCUACCACUCAUUCUCUUAAGAAACAAUGUGAAGGAAAAUAUAGUUUUUAUCUGAUUCUUGGGAGGAAAUAUGAGUGAUAUGUAAAAGAAAUAUGGAUAAAUUCUUCGUAGCUUUAAUGAGAAAUAUUCUGUUCAAGAUAAAAAUGUCUUGAGUUUGAUUAGAAGCGUAAGGGCAUUAUAUUGGUUUAGGAAGUUGUUGCGGGGUUGUGCUGAUAAUCGCAAAAAAGGAACUCUGUAGGACCAAGCUCUGUAUAUAGCUCGGCUGCUUGUUUUUCGUCCAGGUGUUGAUCCUCUACUCUGCUUCAAAUGAUUUAUUGACAAUACAAAACUCCAUGUUGCUCAUUGUUGGUAAGAUAUUU